UCGUCGUCGUCGCCGUCGCCGUCGCAGCCGUCGUCGUCGUCGUCGUCGCCGCCGUCGUCGUCGUCGUCGUCGUUAUAUCGAUAUUCUAUCCGAUAAUCUCGAGAUGAAACCGCUCUUGAUAUUCGCGAUCGUUUGCCUGUUGGCGAAGAUCGUCGAUUGCCGGGCCGUUAAGAAUGAUACCGAUGUAACGCGUAAACGACGACAUCAGUUCUCCAUCGAAGAACUACUUACCAUUAAGUUUCCGCAUGCUAUCACCGGAGAUUUGGACAUCGAUAUCUGUAAAGCUGACCGUUUUCUCGGUGACAUCGCACUGCCAAAUAUCAAAUACGACACAGAAUGGCGUGAGCAAAAGUUAAAUAAAAGUUAUCUCGCAGAAUUGAACAAGUACAGAGAAGAGAUAUUUAAAGAGGGUCUCCAAGUGGAAGAGGAAGGCCUUACGGAGAUUCUCCAGUUUAAGAGCAAUCAGGAUGCUAACAAACAGAUCCUGCACGAACACGAUGAAGCAAUCGUUGAAGAGAAGCAGGAGCCGAUCAUGGUAGACCGCAAUCAAUAUAGCAUGGGUGGUGAAUCCGACGACGGUUUUAACUUUAAUGCUAGAAUGGACGAUACUAAUUCUGCAGUAAAAAAUAUGGGCUUUAAGUUUAGAUUAGAAUCAUCAACCCAAAUUCCGAAGAAAAGACACUCCGGACGACAAGUUCAUCGACAGCUUUCGACGACGACAUCGAUAUCGGAAUCAACGAAAGCCAGACAACAGACCGAUGACAUGCCUCUCGAAUUUUCAACCUCCACAGCUUUUUCUACCGAGGCUAGUAAAUAUGUAGGUCACGUAUAUAGAGAUAGCAUCCAAGAAAUAUCGACUGUGCAACCUAAAAUGAAUACGCAAAAUUUAUCGAACCGACGACGCCGACAUCAUCAUCAUAGAAGCGAUGCACCGGACGAUGUGAUCUCCGUCCACGAUCGACGUCUUCGUUCCAUCGAAUUCUACAAUAUGGAACACAAACCGAAGUACCUAGCGUAUAGACGCGGCAGGAUGCGCCGAGCGGCUACUGCGAGGAAAGAACGAGUGUGGGAUCACGGCGUGAUCCCUUACGAAAUUGACGGAAAUUUCUCCGGUGCGCACAAGGCCCUGUUCAAGCAGGCGAUGAGACAUUGGGAAAAUUUCACGUGCAUCAAGUUCGUGGAGAGGAUGCAGAGGGAGCAUCCCAAUUACAUCCUGUUUACGGAAAGACCUUGCGGAUGCUGCUCCUUUGUUGGAAAGAGGGGCAAUGGGCCGCAAGCCAUUAGUAUCGGGAAAAACUGUGAUAAGUUUGGUAUAGUCGUACACGAGUUGGGCCACGUCGUUGGAUUCUGGCACGAGCACACCCGACCAGAUCGAGAUCGUCACGUGCAGAUCAUUCGCGACAACAUUAUGAGCGGCCAGGAGUACAAUUUCAACAAAUUGACCGAAGAGGAAGUGAAUUCUCUUGGCUUGCCAUACGAUUAUGAUUCAAUCAUGCACUAUGCAAAGAACACCUUUUCGAAAGGCACUUAUCUAGACACGAUUUUACCUCUGGAAUCUCCUGGAAAAAAAAGACCUGAGAUCGGGCAAAGAAUCAAACUAAGCGAAGGCGACAUCGCGCAAACGAAUCUUUUGUAUAAAUGUCACAAAUGCGGUAGAACCUUUCAGGAGAACAGCGGUAGCUUUGGAUCGCCGAAUCAUCCGAACAAUUCACCACCUAGCGAUGGAGAACGAUGCGAAUGGAGGAUUACGGCGACGCAUGGAGAACGUAUUGUCCUGAAUAUCACGUCACUUGAUAUAUUCAAAAGCGACUAUUGUCGCAGCGAUUAUCUUGAGAUUCGAGACGGAUACUGGUAUAAGAGCAGAGUACUAGGUCGAUAUUGCGGCAGUGGCAAGAUGCACGAGCCAAUAGUGUCGAGCGGAAGUCGCAUGCUGAUAACAUAUGUGACGUCUAAUCGGCAAAGUGGUCAUCGCGGUUUCACGGCAAGCUACGAAGCUGUUUGCGGUGGCGAUGUCGAAUUAGAUGGCAUAGGUCAUCUGGAGUCGCCGAAUUAUCCAGAAGAAUAUCAAUCCAGUAAAGAAUGCGUGUGGAAGCUGUCCGUGCCUCAGGACUAUCAAGUGGCUUUGAAGUUCCAGUCUUUCGAGAUCGAGAAUCAUGAUAAUUGCGUGUACGAUUACGUCGAAGUGCGUGACGGACAUAACGACGAUUCUCCUUUAAUCGGCGUUUAUUGCGGUUACAAGGUGCCGCCAGAUAUUAAAUCGACGGGAAAUAAACUGCUUGUUAAGUUUGUCAGUGACGGUUCCGUGCAAAAGGCUGGGUUUUCGGCAACUUUUAUGAAAGAAUUCGACGAGUGCGUGCUGACGGAUCAUGGUUGCGAGCACGAUUGUAUCAAUACACUCGGCGGAUACGAAUGCUCUUGUAAAAUUGGUUAUGAGUUACAUUCCGAUGGCAAGCAUUGCGAAGAUGCUUGCGGUGGAUUUUUUGACGAAACAAACGGCACUAUAACAAGUCCAUCGUUUCCUGAAACAUAUCCAGGAAACAAAAAUUGUGUCUGGGAAAUUGUCGCUCCUCCUCAAUAUCGUAUUACUCUCAAUUUCACGCAUUUCGAUCUCGAGGGCAACAAUGUAUAUCAGGAAGAAUGCGAGUAUGAUUCCGUGGAGGUGGCGAGCAAGCUUGGCGACGAAGUUUUUAGAAAGCAUGGGAUAUAUUGCGGCGCGCGAUUACCGCCACUAAUCACAUCCGAAGGCAAUUUUAUGAGAAUCACCUUUACAUCUGAUAACAGCGUCCAAAAAUCGGGUUUCGCUGCUGUAUUUUUUACGGAUAUAGACGAGUGUGCCAAUAACAAUGGAGGGUGUCAACACGAGUGUAAAAAUACGAUAGGCUCUUACCAGUGUUCUUGCCACAACGGUUUCACACUUCACGAGAACAGUCACGAUUGCAAAGAAGGUGGUUGUAAAUACGAGAUUACCGUGCCCAUGGGAACAAUUACCUCACCGAACUAUCCGGAAUAUUAUCCUGGUCGUAAAGAUUGCGUUUGGCAUUUUACUACAAUGCCGGGUCACCGAAUAAAAUUGGUAUUCAAAGUUUUUGAGAUGGAGCCACACCAAGAAUGCGCGUACGAUCACAUCGCUAUUUAUGACGGGGAUUCACCAGACAGCAUUACUUUAGGUAGAUUUUGCGGUACCAAAGAACCACAUCCGAUCCUUGCAACGGGCAACCAAAUGUACAUGGUUUUCAAAAGCGAUGCUUCCGUGCAAAGGAAAGGAUUUCUAGCGACUCAUAGCACAGCUUGUGGCGGUCAUCUUAUGGCAACGGAUAGAGUGAAGCACUUAUAUUCGCACGCCAGAUAUGGCCAUCAUCCUUACGAUCACAAAACCGACUGCGACUGGAUAAUAGAAGCACCACUUGGAAAAAAUGUGCACUUAUCUUUUCGUUCAUUUCAACUUGAGUAUGAAAUUGAAUGUGGAUAUGACUUUGUCGAGGUUUUCUCCGGUUUAGAUACAUCCAGCCCGCCAUAUGGUCGAUUUUGCGGUAAUUCCAAUACCACCGAUUUUAUUUCCAUGAACGAGGCGUUACUGGUAAGGUUUAGAACGGACGAUACAAUUUCGAAUAAAGGUUUCAUGGCCGUUUUUGUGGUAACUGAUCGACAAGAUAGCGAAGAAAAUCUUGGUGGUGAAGAUGAUGAAGAGCAAGAUCUUUGAUCCUUAAUCGGGCUUUCCAAUCAAUUGGAAUAAAUUUUUUUGUUAAAAGUUUUUAGGAAAAAUACUUACGUAUAUUCUUCAUACGUUACAUAUGUUAUAAUUUUCAUCUGUGUUAGAGGAAGAAUGUUUGUCCUGCAAAACAGACAUACUACAUCGAGGAUAAAAUAUCCGCCCGAUCAAAGCUUAAGAUAAAGCCUGCCUAGUUACAACAACACGAUAAUAAUUAAUGACUGCGUAGUAACAUUAAUUAUGUUAAGCAAUUUAUUAUAUUAAUUUUAUUAAGUUAACGCACACAUUGCACACACAAACAUUUUAUAAGAUUUUCUAAAUCUUGAAUCAUCGAACUGCAGAGUUAUUUUUCAAGUCAUAGGGCGGUAUUCAUAGUCCGUUCUUAUAUUCAAGAUAAUCUUAAGUCGUCAUCGUCGUCGUCUUAAAAUAUUAAUAUGAUUGGUUCAUAACAUCUUAAGACAAUCUUAAAUAUAAGAACGGACUAUGAAUACCGUCCAUAGUAAGCCAGAACAUUAAAAUUGCUAAUUGUAAAUGGUUACAAAAGUUUGGCAAUUCUUAUUUUAAUGAAUAAUAACAUGUAGAUUUUUAUUUCUGUCUCGGAGCAUAAACUAAAUCCAAAUUGUAAAAUAUAAGGAAAAUAUUCUUUUACAAAAUAUAAUAAUUAUUACUGAGAAUAUUUUCACACAUGAGGAGUAUAUAUAUGACGAAUAAAUGAUGUACAUUCUAUUUCGAUUUUAUCGGCAAGAAGCCUAAUCUUUCGAUAAUAAUUAAUAUUCCGGUACAGUGCCAAAUGCAUAUACAAUUUCCGAAUUUAAAAAGCGAUCGUAUUUAUUCAGUUUCCCAUUAUCUUUCAUCCAUCAUAAUGGUAAUAAUUAAUGAUAAAUUAUUAAUAAUAAAUUAACAUUAUUUGUGAAAUUUCUACCAACAGGUAUUUCAUUAUAAAAUAUUAAUUAGCCUGUCGUGGGCUAUUAAUGUGCCAUAUUAAAAUAAAUCUCUUUCUCUGUCAUUAAUUAACAGUACGUUUUAAAAUCAAUAAAAGUAAAACAAUUUGUUUGUGGGAAAAAAAUAAAAUUAAAAUAAUGCUGCAUCGUUCAAGGCUGCAUUUAUAACACAUUUUUAAUACAGGGUCUCUGGGAAAGAUUACGAAGCCUCUCGUAAGCAGGUGGAGCGCAAUAAACUGAACGAAAAAGUCCUUUACUAUUUUGCAAUUUUCGCAAUAAUUAUCAAGGUAAUAAUUAAAAAGGAUUAACAAAAGAGCGCGACUAGACCGUAGAGGAUGGGCGUAACAGCAGCAAGUGUCGCACGGCAAGAAAAUGUGCGAUCGUUUGGCGAGGACACGCGCUUAUUUGCCAGUCCAUUUUAAUUAUUAUCUUAAUAAUUAUUACAAAAAUUAUAAAAGGACUUUAUUGCUCUCUACCCGCUCGCGAAAGGUUUUGUAAUCUUUUCCAGGCACUCUGUAUAAACGAUAUAACGUAUAUGAAAGAUCAUUAUCUGUAUUGUAUAAUCGAUUUAUUAAUUAAAAAAAAAACUUUUCUUAAAAAAACUCAUUGAUAUUGUUCUCAUGAAGGACAAACACUGCCGACGCGACAGUAAUAUCAAUAUUUUAUGCCUCAUGACGGUGAAACGAUUAGAUUUAUAAGAUAAAGACUUAUUCACGUAAUUACGCAUCGUGCUUUUAGCAUUUUAUAUGUGCGGUGCAUCGAUAAUAUCUAGUACGAUACUUAUGAUCUUAUAAUGUAUUUAUCUUUGCGCAAUGCAUUCGUAUUGCGAUUAACAUAAACAGGUGUAAAGGAUUUGGUUAGCUUCACUGAAGAUGAAAGAGUACUGUAUUCAAAAAGAUACGAGAGCCGAUAGCGUUUUGUAGAUAUUACGCUGUUUUCCAAUUAGAAGCUAUUGUCGAAAAAUGAUAUAAUAUUGCGAUUUCUAAACACGAAUAUAUAAAAUAUGUGAUAUAAAUAAUUACCUGUAUAUCGUGUGGAUCAUUAUGUGUGUAUGUAUGCUGGUAUCGUUUGCGAGAGAAUAUCUGAUAUUCUGUCAUAUAUGUCUGUUGUAUAUUGAUAAAAUUAGUUAUAUAUAGACAUAUUGUUUUAUAUGUAGCAGCAAUAUUGGCAUAUCGUAGUUCAUUAUAUUACUAAAUAAAUAUCGAGAGGUUUCGUUUA